AUGGGCAAGCAGCCUGCCAGAAGGGACAUCAGCCCAGAAGGCCGAGCUAAUCGCCUUGACGCAGGCAUUACGCCUAGCCGAAGGAAAAAACAUCAACAUCUACACGGACAGCAGGUCGCCAUUAUCCACUGCCCGGGCCACCAGAGAGGAAAUAACCCUGUGGCGGCCGGGAACCGGAGGGCCGACGAGGCUGCAAAACAAGCCGCCCUGUCGGUCAGGGUGCUAGCAGAAACUAUAAAGCUUCAAGAGCCAAUCGAGCCUGCUCAAGCUAGGACCAAGCCAAGAGAGCUCACUCCUGACCAGGGAAAAGAAUUCAUUCAGCGGUUACAUCAGCUAACACACUUAGGACCAGAAAAGCUCCUUCAACUAACGAGCCGCACCAGCCUCUCCAUCCCGAAUCUCCGGUCCACCGUUCAAGAAGUCGCCAAUCGGUGUCCGGCUUGUGCCAUGACUAAUGCGGCUACCACCUACCGAGAGACCGGAAAAAGACAACGGGGAGAUCGACCCGGCGUAUACUGGGAAGUAGACUUUACAGAGGCUUUAGAAGUUGUAAAAACCCAGAUCUGGGACCAGAUCAAGGAGGUAUACGAGCCAGGUGCCGUGGCCAUCCCUCAUCCGUUCCAGGUCGGAGACCAAGUGCUUGUUAGGCGCCAUCGGACCGGCAGCCUUGAGCCUCGGUGGAAAGGCCCGUACCUGGUGCUACUGACCACACCAACAGCGGUAAAAGUAGACGGCAUUGCAGCCUGGGUACAUGCUUCUCACCUCAAGCCUGCGCCACCCUCCGUACCAGAUGAAUCCUGGGAGCUGGAGAGGACUGAUAAUCCUCUUAAGUUGCGCAUUCGGCGGCGGCGGAGCAAGCCUACCAAGUAAUAACCCUAACCAGCCCAACACCCUCACCUGGCAGGUACUGUCCCAAACUGGAAAGGUUGUCUGGUUCAAGACAGAAGUCCACCCCCUUUGGACUUGGUGGCCCUCCCUUACCCCUGAUAUAUGUGCCCUGGCGGCGGGUCUCGAGGCUUGGGAUAUUCCAGAAAUUGAUGCACCGGCCUCUAAAAGAGUCAGGCCUCCUGACUCAAACUAUGAAAAUGCUUAUAACCAGAUCAAAUAACUCCCCUUGGUUGACCACCCUACUGUCAACCAUCGCCGGGCCCCUAUUACUCCUCCUUCUGUUGUUCACCCUUGGGCCCUACGUCAUCAAUAGACUAGUCCAAUUCAUCAAUGAUAGGGUAAGUGCAGUUAAGAUUCUGGUCCUUAGGCAAAAAUACCAAACCUUAAAUGGCGAAGAUAACUUUUAAUUCCGCUCUAAGAUUAGAGCGAUCCACAAGAGAAAUGGGGGAAUGAAGGAAGUGCUUUUUACAAGGGUAUAGGGAAAGUACAGCCAAGAGGGCAGGUCUGAGAUAUCUGCAGUUAUGCACCUGGGCCCCAGCCCGGAGCCAAGGGCGGAUAGUUCCCAGAAAUAGACAAGUCAGUUAAAGUUUCAAGAGUGCCCCUCAGCUGUUUCAAGGACUCCCACUUGACCGAAGUUCACCCCUGGCUUGAUUUAAACUAACCAAUUACCUUGCUUCUCGCUUCUGUACCCGCGCUUUUUGCUAUAAAAAGGACCCAGGAGCUCUACUCGGCGCGCCAGUCUUUCGAAAGACUGAGUCGCCCGGGUACCUGUGUGUUCAAUAAACCUCUUGUUUUUGCAUCCGAAGCCGUGGUCUCGC